CUUGAGACCAACAGCACAAAGUCAAUUCCCUGAUCAUUAUUAUUACACUCCAAAUAUCUGGGCAGUGAAAAAGCAUGGCGGCGUCCUUGAGCAACUCAGGGAGCGCGAGGCUACUGAAUGCCUUAACCAGGUCCGGUUUAUUUUGCAAUACCUUUGGAAGCAGAGCCCUCCAUGUCACUGCUGUGUGCUGCAAGAAUCGAGCAGCUCGUAUCCGUGUGGGGAAAGGAGACAAACCUUUAACCUAUGAGCAAGCAUUCCACCCUCAUCACAUCGGCCACCACAAAGGAUGGCUCUCACAGCAAACCUGUCACCUCAAAGGAGAAGGGGGAGCAGCCGAGCGGGCAGUAGAGGACGUGUUCAUCAGACGAUUCAUGUUCGGGACCUUCCAUGGCUGCCUCGCCAAUGAGAUUGUGAUCAAAAGGCGUGGCAACAUGGUCAUUGUGUGCGCUUUAAUGUUGCAGAAGAUGCCACCGAUGAAGUUCUACUUCUUAAUAGGCUAUUCAGAGACACUACUGUCAUAUUUUUACAAAUGCCCAGUUAAGUUAGAGGUCCAAACGCUCCGAGAUAAAGCUAUUUAUAAGUACAUCUAAUUUAACUGCGCUGAUGCUGGGACUUUGUUUGUUCUACAAUCAGUUGGAUUUUGUUCUUGUGCAAAGUACAAAGCCAAAGUUACCUACUAACGUGUUGUCAUUGGCAAUUUCAACUUUGAUAAAUUUAAAGCUCUCAUUUGUGUUCUGUUUCAAUUUCUGUCACAUACAAACCUUUUCACCAAUACAGUUUAUGAAAUGAAUUCUAAAAAUGAAAAGAUGUUAUAAAUGUAAACAUCAUUCAUUUUCAUUAAAAGAUGUAUUGGGUUUUAAUACAUUGGAUGUAUAUGGAUUUUCAACCACCUGUGUUAUCCCUGAAGAUU